AUGGAAUAUCACAUGUUUCUUGAAGAAUUCAAGAAAAAUCCAAAUUUUAUUUGGAUUAUGAAACCCAUUGCUAAAUCUCAAGGGAGGGGUAUAUUUCUCUUUCGGAAAUUGAAGGACAUUGAAGCGUGGAAGAAAAGCUCUCCAUUCUAUUCCGCUGGCAAAGUUGAAAACUGUAGUGAUGGAGAUUCAAAUGAAGGCCCUGAGCAUUACGUCGUGUCACGAUACAUUGAGAAUCCGUAUUUAAUCGGUGGGAGAAAAUUCGAUCUACGUGUUUUUGUCCUGGUUACUUCAUUUCAACCUCUUAAAGCGUGGGUUUAUCGGGAUGGUUUUGCAAGACUGUCAAACGUUGGCUUCUCGAUGAACUCAAUCAACAAUCAAUAUGUCCAUCUGACAAAUGUAGCGAUUCAGAAGACGUCGCCGGAUUAUAACGCAGCGAUGGGGUGCAAGUGGUCGAUUUGUCGACUUCGUCGAUACCUGAUUGCCAAACACGGAAACGAGAAGGUCAAGCAAUUAUUCCGUGAAAUUGAUAAGAUCUUCCUGAUGAGUCUUUUGAGUGUUCAAAAAGUGAUGAUCAGUGAUAAGCAUUGCUUUGAACUCUACGGCUAUGAUAUCCUUGUUGAUGACAACUUGAAACCCUGGCUUCUCGAGAUAAACGCCUCUCCAUCACUCACUGCUAGUUCAACAGAAGACUAUAAUCUAAAGGUGAAACUUUUGGAUGACACUUUAAGCGUUAUCGAUAUGGAAGGUCAAUUGAGUGGAGACGAAAAACGAAUUGGAGAUUUUGAUUGUGUAUGGAAUGACGGACCAGUUGCACCAAUUACUAAUUUUUCGAAAAAUUUCUUAUCUGAAUUGAGAGCCAAUUUUAACUUAUCGAUUAAUCAGCAAGCUCGGUCGAAUUCUAAUGUGAGAGCAACCAGAGGAACGGGGAAAAAUCUUAAAAGAACUCCCAGUGAAUGGUUACCAAUUCCUCCUGUUAAUUCAUAUCUCGGUUGUUUGCCGAUGAGACGAAUUGUUAUUUCUUCAUUACGUGCUAUAGACAUGUCUGGAUCAUGUUCAAAUCCAUCGGCUCUUAUUGCCGAAGUUACCAAUAAUUUGGAGAAAAGGCAACGGAACUUGCUUAAGCGCAAAGCUAAGCUUGAAUCCUAUAAAUGCAUUCUAAGCCAAGGUGGCAAAAUCACUCCUGAUCAAGCAAACGCUGUAAAUGAGUUCGAUUCUGUGUGCCAAUUUAUUGACACCAUUAAAGAAAUCAUAGACGCCGUCAAUGAGACCCAGCAAAAGGUUGCCAAUGCUAUAGUGGAGAAAGAGGCCCGUUUGAUGGCUCAGCGUGACGAUUAUACUGUUAACGUUCUUCGAAAGGUCAGCCCACUUCUGGAACUGUUAUCAAAGUCUCAAGUGCCUGUAGUGAAAGAGGCUAUCAUCAAGGCAUCUAGCUUCAAGGAUUACAAAACGUUGGAGAGUGCGGCCAAAGUGAUGCACGUGCGCAUACCUGCCAGUUUUAAGUUGGAAUCCAUUGACUCUACCAACUGCUUCCAAUCACCGGCUGAGUUUCUCUUCAAGCUAGCCAGUGGUAGCCAGGAGCCCUUGGUCAGUGGCAAAAACGGCAAAUCGAAGUCGCCAACGUUUUCCGAUCUUAGAAAAUAUUGCUAUGAACUUCUAGUCAAAGAAGAGGUUCGUGCUGCUUUGCAUUCACUUAAUCAGCUUCCUCGUCCCGCCCCAGAAGAGCCAAAACAUGUCCCUGCGCAGCAAUCUGCCAAACCGAUAUCAACUGGUGACAAUGUUGAGCCAGCCAAAGUUAAUGAUGCAAGAUUCGUAGCACCUUCUGCUCCUUUGCAACAGGCUGAUAUUCUUUUGAGCAAGGUCAUAAACCCUCUGAAGUCGGAGUUUAACUUUGUACAGCCAGUUAUGCAUGAAUUCACACCUGUUCCUCCAGUCACUCAACCCGCACAACAGCAGUUAGUAGCGCCAACAAGUCAGGUGUCUGCUGAAACAGUUCCUGUUUUACCGCAUUCUUCUGUUGAAAGGAAGCACCAGGUUGCCGCUCCUGAAGUACAAAAACGUUCUGCCACAAAAUCUGUUGAGCAAGUAAACCCUGUCUCUGCUUCCAAUUCAGCUUCUCAAGUUGAAGCUUCAAAGUCCAAAUCGGAAUCACCUACGGAGACUAAGGCAUUGUCACGUCAGCCGGAAAAAACUGUUACCGCCCAACCACCAUCUUUUCAAUCCUUGAUGGACUCCCAAAUUGCUGAGCAGAAGGAAAUUGCUAAAGAAACCAGUAAUCAACCAUUAACAUGGGCUGAUCGCGUGCGUGCUGGAAAAGGUACUCCAGCUCAAUCUUCUGUUUCUAAAUCGCAACCCAGUCAGCAGAUGGCUCCAUCAACUGCUGAAACAACCCAAAAUGGCGGCCAUCAUUCACAAUUCGAGCAGCCUCGUUCUAAAUCGGGACAAUCUCGUGAACCGAGGGAACACAGACCUCCUCGUAGUGGAUUUAACAAUAACAAUAGGGAGGCUAGAGAAAGAAACGGAGGAAAUCGCUCAGGCCCUCCAAGGGGUGGUUUUAGAGGUAAUGGUAGGGAUGGACGUGGUAAUGGAUCAUUUAGAGGUGGACGCGGUCGUGGUGGUCAACGCGGUUCUUUCCAUCCUCGAGGAGGUUUCGACGGACAACAUCAGGCACAUUCGCGCCAAGAAGCCGGUCAAGCUUCUGCUUAA